GCCGAGGUGCCAUCUAUUUUUGCUGCAUCUGUAUCUCUACGUCUCGUCAUUAUUUCACGCCCAAAGGUCAUCGCUUUCGCGGCCCUUAUUCUGAUUAUAUCAGCGGUGCUCCCACAGUACAUGCUUCCGCUCCGCAACUUUUUCGCUUCUUUCUCGACUUCUCCGCGAACGCUCCACAACUCCAACAUGGUCAAUUUCAAAAACCCCCCUGCCCCUACUGUACCGAGUGCUAUCAAGGCGAAGGAAAGUCUCAAGCCUGGUGAAGGUGUCGAACAAGCCAUCUUCGCCUCUGGAUGCUUCUGGGGUACUGAACACCUCUUCACAAAGCACUAUGGAAACCUUCCCCAGUUCUCUGCUAUUUCAGGUUACAUUGGUGGUCAUGCCGAAAGCCCCUCAUACAGACAAGUCUGUACAGGAGCUACCGGUCAUGCCGAGGCUGUCAAAGUGACUUACCAAACCGGAUCUGUUGCCUAUGCUGAGCUUGUGGAAUUCUUUUAUCGAACACACGACCCUACCACCGUUGACAGGCAAGGUCCGGACACUGGUACUCAGUACCGAAGUGCUAUCUUUUACACAACACCGGAGCAAGAGGAGACUGCUAAAAAGGUGACUGCGGAGGUUCAAGAGAAGUAUCUUAAGGGAAGACCCAUUGUUACUCAGAUUGCCAAGGCUGGUACUUUCUACCAGGCGGAGGAUUAUCACCAAAACUACUUGGAUAACAACCCUGGAGGAUACGAGUGCCCUACCCAUAGAUUCUACUGGUAGAUCAGCGACUAAUGACGUACAAGGGUUAGGUAUUGAGGGAUCACUCCACGUAUAAUAAUACCAAGUAGGAUGAUGACUAUCUAGUACAUUGCAUAAGCGUUGUUAGUCCGCAUU